AUGACGUUGACGUAAGCAGCCACAGCGGCGGAGCUUCCUGUGGUUAAUGUCCGUGUUUAAGCGGAGGUGCUGCUCAAUAAAAAUAUUAAUAAUACAAAUAAAAAUACACCACUGAGUGAACGAAGCUACACGAUGUUUCUAUAUUCUUUAGCUGGUAUUUUUAUUUUAAUUGUAGCUUGGAUUUGUCCAAGCCGAGCUCUUUAUUUCCAUAUUGGAGAGACGGAGAAGAAAUGCUUCAUUGAGGAGAUUCCAGACGAGACCAUGGUUAUUGGGAAGUACAGGACUCAGAUGUGGGAUAAACAGACCAAUUCCUUCCUUCUGUCAACUCCUGGCCUUGGAAUGCAUGUGGAGAUCAAGGAUCCAGAUACAAAGAUUAUCCUCUCUCGUCAGUACGGGUCAGACGGGCGCUUUACCUUCACUUCCCACACUCCAGGAGAACAUCAGAUCUGUUUGCACUCCAACUCCACUAAGAUGGCUCUGUUUGCUGGUGGGAAACUGAGAGUUCAUCUCGAUAUUCAGGUCGGAGAACAUACCAACAACUACCCUGAGAUAGCAGCUAAGGACAAACUCACAGAGCUGCAGCUGCGAGUUCGACAACUUCUGGACCAAGUGGAACAGAUCCAGAAGGAACAAAACUACCAGAGGUAUCGCGAGGAGCGUUUCCGUAUGACGAGUGAGAGCACCAACCAGCGUGUCCUCUGGUGGUCCAUUGCUCAGACGCUCAUCCUCAUCAUUACUGGAAUUUGGCAGAUGAAGCACCUGAAAAGCUUCUUCGAAGCCAAGAAACUGGUUUAAUCUGUCUGUGUGGACAAAGGCAAGAUCAGGAAACGUGAUUAAAAGAACAGGAAUACAGUCUGGACUUAUCUGAGACACGUCCAGACAGAGAGACAGAGAAACGUACAGACUUGCCAUCAGCCAAAAGUGCUACAAGCAGCAUCGCAGCAGUGGUUUUUAUCAAUCUGGGACUUUGUGUUUUAUGUUUUAAGGUAGAAAACAACAUUCUGAUUGCUUUUUUUUUUUGGUUUCAUGUUCAACACAAGAGUAUUUGUUCUGUAUCUCUCUGGGCAAGAGUUAGCAAGACACAAAUGUAUGUAUAUUUAGUUGGUUGUUUCUAAAUCAAUAAUUCCUUAUUUAUUUCUGAUGGUUGUCAAUAAAUACAGGUGUCUGGUUAAAAA